AUCUCCCACAUCAAGACAUCACGAAGCCUCCACAUCAUGUGCCACAUCCCAGUCUUCUGCUGGAUCACUGCUACAGUUCUGGAGGAUGUGUUGAAGACCAGAGAGGGAGGAGAGCUGCCCAAGACCCUGACUGAGAUGUACAUCCACUUCCUGGUGGUUCAGUCCAAAGUGAAGAACAUCAAGUAUGAUGGAGGAGAUGGGACAGAUCCACAGUGGAAUCCAGGCAGCAGGAAGAUGAUUGAGUCUCUGGGAAAACUGGCUUUUGAGCAGCUGCAGAAAGGAAACCUGAUCUUCUAUGAAUCAGACCUGACAGACUGUGGCAUCGAUAUCAGAGCAGCCUCAGUGUACUCAGGAGUGUUCACCCAGAUCUUUAAAGAGGAGAGAGGACUGUACCAGGACAAGGUGUUCUGCUUCAUCCAUCUGAGCGUUCAGGAGUUUCUGGCUGCUCUUCAUGUCCACCAGACAUUCAACAAAUCUGGUGUCAACCUGAUGUCAGGAAAACCAUCAACCUCCAGGUGGUCUCAACGAAUCAGAAACAAACAGGAACAAACUCAUCUGUACCAGAGUGCUGUGGAUGAGGCUUUGCAGAGUCCAAAUGGACACCUGGACUUGUUCCUCCGCUUCCUCCUGGGUCUUUCACUUCAGACCAAUCAGACUCUCCUACGAGGUCUGAUGAAACACACAGGAAGUGUCUCACAGACCAAACAGAAAACAGUCAGGUACAUCAAGAAGAAGAUCAGUGAGAAUCUGUCUCCAGAGAGGAGCAUCAAUCUGUUCCACUGUCUGAAUGAACUGAAUGAUGGUUCUCUGGUGGAGGAGAUCCAACAGUCCCUGAGGUCAGGAAGUCUCUCCACAGAUGAACUGUCUCCUGCUCAGUGGUCAGCUCUGGUCUUCAUCUUACUGUCAUCAGAAGAAGAUCUGGACGUGUUUGACCUGAAGAAAUACUCUGCUUCAGAGGAGGCUCUUCUGAGGCUGCUGCCAGUGGUCAAAGCCUCCAACAAAGCUCUGCUGAGUGGCUGUAAUCUGUCAGAGAGAAGCUGUGAAGCUCUGUCUUCAGUUCUCAGCUCCCAGUCCUCUAGUCUGAGAGAGCUGGACCUGAGUAACAACGACCUGCAGGAUUCAGGAGUGAAGCUGCUGUCUGCUGGACUGAAGAGUCCAAACUGUCAGCUGGAGACUCUCAGGCUGAGUGGCUGUAAUCUGUCAGAGAGAAGCUGUGAAGCUCUGUCUUCAGUUCUCAGCUCCCAGUCCUCUAGUCUGAGAGAGCUGGACCUGAGUAACAACGACCUGCAGGAUUCAGGAGUGAAGCUGCUGUCUGCUGGACUGAAGAGUCCAAACUGUCAGCUGGAGACUCUCAGGCUGAGUGGCUGUAAUCUGUCAGAGAGAAGCUGUGAAGCUCUGUCUUCAGUUCUCAGCUCCCAGUCCUCUAGUCUGAGAGAGCUGGACCUGAGUAACAACGACCUGCAGGAUUCAGGAGUGAAGCUGCUGUCUGCUGGACUGAAGAGUCCAAACUGUCAGCUGGAGACUCUCAGGCUGAGUGGCUGUAAUCUGUCAGAGAGAAGCUGUGAAGCUCUGUCUUCAGUUCUCAGCUCCCAGUCCUCUAGUCUGAGAGAGCUGGACCUGAGUAACAACGACCUGCAGGAUUCAGGAGUGAAGCUGCUGUCUGCUGGACUGAAGAGUCCAAACUGUCAGCUGGAGACUCUCAGGAUGUCAGGUUGUAUGAUCACACAGGAAGGCUGUACUUCUCUGGCCUCAGCUCUGAGAUCCAACCCCUCCCAUCUGAGAGAGCUGGACCUGAGCUACAAUCAUCCAGGAGACUCAGGAGUGGAGCAGCUGUCUGCUGGACUGGAGGAUCCACACUGGAGACUGGACACUCUCAGGGUGGAACAUGGUGGACAGCAGAGGCUGAAACCUGGUGUGAGGAAGUGGGCCUGUGAACUCACAGUGGACACAAACACAGUAAACACAAACCUCAAACUGUCUGACAACAACAGGAAGGUGACAGCAGUGACAGAGAAGCAGCUUCAUCCUGAUCAUCCAGAGAGGUUUGACUGCAGGCAUCAGCUGCUGUGUAGAACUGGUCUGACUGGUCGCUGCUACUGGGAGGUCGAGUGGAGUAGAGACGUUUAUAUAUCAGUGACUUACAGAGGAAUCAGAAGGAAAGGAUACAGCAACGACUGUUUGUUUGGAUGGAAUAAUCAGUCCUGGAGUCUGAACUGCUCUGAUGUUGGUGGUUUCUCUGUCAGGCACAAUAACAGAACCACACGCCUCUCCUCCUCCUCCUUCUUCUCUGUCUCUCACAGAGUUGCAGUGUAUGUGGACUGUCCUGCUGGCACUCUGUCCUUCUACAGAGUCUCCUCUGACACACUGAUCCACCUCCACACCUUCAACACCACAUUCACUGAACCUCUUUAUGCUGGAUUUGGGCUCUGGUUGUUCAGUUCCUCAGUGUCUCUGUGUUCAGUGUAGGAGGGAGAGUCUCUUCCUGUUAGAGAAACACACACACACACGCACACACACACACGUACAGUUUGAAAUAAGUUGAAAUCCUUUUAAAUCUGUUUUCAUUCAGGUUUUGUAACAAAUAAUAUAAUAAUAUAUAUAAUAUAAUAAGCAUGUUUAUCCAAUAAAAUCAGGUUCCAGACUCUCA